GCCAGGUGCUUAACUAUGGUGGCACAAACCAACCUUAACAGCACCACAGACCGGUCUGCUCUUCUUGCUCUCAAAGCCCGUAUCACCAGUGACCCUCAAAACAUGAUUUUUACCAAUUGGUCAACCACCACCCCUGUUUGCAACUGGGUUGGAGUCACUUGUGGUGCACGCCAUCAUCGAAUCGCACAGUUGAACCUCUCUUACUUUGGUCUCACAGGCACCAUUCCUCCGCAACUAGGCAACUUAUCUUUUCUUGUUGAUCUAGACUUGAGAAAUAAUAGUUUUCACGGUACCUUGCCUCAGGAAUUGGCUCGCCUGCGUCGGUUGAUGUUUAUUCACUUUGCAUACAACAAGUUUACAGGAGUCAUUCCUUCAUGGUUUGGGUUCUUGUCCAAGCUUCAAGGAUUCGGGUUGUUUGGUAAUCAAUUUUCCGGUUCCAUACCAGCUACCAUCUUCAACUUAUCUGCUCUGCAAAUAAUUGAUCUCGGUUAUAACCAACUCUCAGGUAGAAUUCCCAGAGAAAUCGGAAACCUAACAAUGUUGAAGGAGAUCUACCUUGAUGGUAAUAAUUUUGAAGAAAUUCCAAAUGAGAUCGGCACUUUGAAUCAUCUGGAAAUAUUGUCUGUGCAAUACAAUGCCUUAAAAGGGCCUAUCCCUAUGACUAUCUUCAACAUGUCAUCUUUGACUAUUGUAACUUUCUAUGGUAACAAUUUGAAUGGUAGAAUUCCUGACAAUAUUUGUCAAAAUCUUUCGAAUAUUCAAGAGUUGUAUUUGGGUGCCAAUCAGUUUAAUGGUCCACUUCCUUCCAUAUUUGGGCAAUGCAAACAACUUCUUCGAUUAGUCUUGGAGCUUAACAGCUUGACAGGUCCUAUACCAUAUGAGAUUGGUUAUCUUCCAAAUUUAGAGGAAUUGUCACUCGGUGGUAAUAAUCUACAUGGCCAUAUCCCAUCCUCAAUCUUCAAUAUCUCCACAAUAAAAGUAUUAUAUCUCAACUUCAAUAAGCUCUCAGGUAGCCUCCCUGCAAACAUAGGCCUUGGGCUUCCAAACCUAGAAGUGUUUACUGCAGGAUCGAAUCACCUCAGUGGAGUAAUCCCCGAAUCCAUCUCCAAUGCUUCUAAGCUUCGGAUUCUAGACCUGGGAGGUAACUCUUUUACUGGAUUUAUUCCAACCACUCUGUGCCUCUUGACAAACCUUGAAUUCCUCAGAUUGGUCUUCAAUAAUUUGACCAUUGAUGCCUCUACUCCAGAAGUUAAUAUUUUUUCUUGUCUGCCAAAUCUUAGAAAUUUAAGGAUUUUAGCCUUUGAAAGAAAUCCAUUUGAUGCCAAGCUUUCAAUUUCCUUCGGCAAUUUCUCUGCAUCACUUCAAUAUCUUUAUUUAGGAAAUUGCAGAUUCAGAGGUAACAUCCCCAGUGAUAUUGGGAAUUUGAGUAGCUUGAUAUUGUUAUCCCUCGAUGAGAAUCAAUUGAGCGGGUCAAUUCCAAGCUCAAUGGGAAGACUACUGAAUCUUCAAGGUUUGUAUAUGUAUGAUAACGCAUUGCAAGGAUACAUUCCAGAUGAACUUUGUCAACUAGAAGACUUAGAUGUUUUGUAUUUGGGUGGGAAUCAACUCUCUGGUUUUGUACCUUCCUGCUUGGGUAAUCUAACAGCAUCUCUUAGAUAUCUAUCCUUAGAUUCCAAUUUGUUGAAUUCCACAAUACCAUCUACCUUGUGGGGACUUACAGAUAUCUUGGAACUAGACUUGUCAUCCAAUUCUCUAAUUGGGCCUCUAUCAGCUGCUGUUGGUAAUUUGAAAGUUGCUACAUACAUAAAUGUAUCAUACAACCAAUUAUCUGGGAGUGUACCAAGUAGCAUUGGGAGUUUAGUGAGUUUGGUCAAUCUCUCCUUAGCACAUAACAAUCUAGAAGGCCCUAUUCCUAGUUCCUUUGAAGAUUGUGUAAGCUUAGAAGGAUUGGAUUUAUCUCGAAAUAGUUUCACUGGAGUGAUUCCAAAGUCUCUAGAAGCACUCUCAUAUCUCAAGCAUCUGAAUUUGUCUUUCAACAGACUCCAAGGAGAAAUUCCAAGCGGCGGUCCUUUCAAAAACUUCUCUGCUGAAUCAUUUGUUUCAAACCAUGGACUCUGUGGUGGAUCCCAAUUUCAAGUUCCACCAUGCAAAAGAAAAACUAGCAUAUCUAUCUUGAAGUAUGUUAUUCCGGGGAUCUUGUCAGCAAUGCUUCUAGCGGCCUCCAUAUUUUGGAUGUUGAUGUUACACAGAAAAAACAAUGCAAUAGCUGCAGCACAUACUAUCUUGACACCUCAAGUUUUCUGGAGAAGAGUUUCAUACAUAGAGCUCCUACAUGCGACAGAUGGAUUCAAUGAAAGCAACUUACUUGGUAUUGGGGGUUUUGGCUCAGUAUAUAAAGGAACAUUGUCAGAUGGGAUAGACGUUGCGAUAAAGGUUUUCAAUUUGGAGUUAGAAGGGGCAUUUACAAGUUUUGAGGUUGAAUGUGAAGUGCUAAGUAAUGUUCGUCACCGAAAUCUUGUCAAAGUCAUCAGUUGCUGCAGUCAAAUUGAUUUCAAAGGUCUUGUAUUGAAUUACAUGCCUAAUGGGAGCCUUGAGAAGUGGUUGUAUUCUCAGAAUUCUUCUUUGAACAUAAUGCAGAGGUUGGAUAUAAUGAUAGAUGUUGCAUCGGCAUUAGAGUACCUUCAUCAUGGUUAUGAAGUACCUAUUGUCCAUUGUGAUUUGAAGCCAAGCAACAACCUACUAGAUGAUGAUAUGGUUGCACAUGUUGCUGAUUUUGGUAUUGCGAGACUCUUGGGUGGAGGAGAUUCUAUGACUCAAACCAUGACUCUAGCCACAAUUGGGUAUACUGCUCCAGAGUAUGGAAUGGAAGGAAUAGUGACCAGAAGAGGGGAUGUGUAUAGUUUUGGUAUUGUAGUGAUGGAAACAUUCACAAGAAGGAAGCCAACCGAUGAGAUCUUCAUUGGGGACAUGAGAUUUAAUCAAUGGGUUGCAAGUUUUCUAGAUGCGGAUGCGAUAGCUGAAGUUGUGGAUGCUACUUUACUUGGAACCGAGGAGGAUCAUGAGUUCGUGAGCAAGAGGGAGUGCUUAUCAUCUAUUAUGAGAUUAGCUGUUGCUUGUUCAGCAGAAUCUCCGGAAGAGAGGAUAAACAUGCAAGAGGCUGUAGCCAUGCUUAAAACAAUCAAGAUCAAGUUUUCAAAGCAAACUGCAGCAGGAGAAGACUGAUUGCAAAUCGAAUGAAGUGUGUUCUAGAAAGCCUCACAUCUCAGAGAGCAUGAUAAUUGUCUUCAGUGUGUGAAGAAGUAGUCUAAUUUCGUUGUCUAACACCUAUUGUCUCAAUUGCUAUCCAAGUUUG